AACGCAGAGGGGGAAAAAUAGGAGGGAGGGAGAACGAGACUGACGAUUUGUUCCGGGGAAAUCGAUUUGAUUUCUUUCCAUCUCUUCUCCUUCUCUUCACACAGUACUAUACACCAGGACUGAUGGAAUAUUUGCAAGGGUAUCGAGCACUCACCAAAUCUUGUUGAAUCCCAUCAAGGUGUAAUGCGAGAAAGCAUUCAACCCUCAAAAAUGGUUGUGGGUUUCGCGUUAUUGUGUCUCGCUGCAAGCUUCAGCUUAGGUUUGGCUCAUAUCAAUGGAUUUGGGGAGCAACCACUUGCUCAAAUUGAUAUCUACAAAACGACUCUCGAGCUAAGUGGUUCGGCCUUGAUUAGGGCAUAUCCUCUCCAUCUCGGGUUAGAGGGUGAUGAUACUGAAUGGGUAACAGUAAAUAUUGAGUCUUCCAAACCGUCUGUCGAUGAUUGGGUUGGAGUCUUCUCUCCUGCAAAAUUCAAUUCAUCAGCCUGUCCACCAGUAGAUGAUCCAAAGGAACAGACUCCAUACAUCUGCUCAGCUCCCAUAAAGUACAAGUUUGCAAACCAUUCCAAUCUAGGUUAUGCAAAGACCGGAAGAGCUUCUUUGAGGUUCCAGCUUAUAAAUCAGCGGGCAGAUUUCUCCUUUGCAUUAUUUUCAGGCGGGCUAUCAACUCCAAAGCUAGUGGCAGUUUCAAAUUCUAUAUCGUUUGUCAAUCCUAAAGCACCCCUUUAUCCUCAGGGGAAGUCUUGGAAUGAAAGGACUGUAACCUGGACUAGUGGAUAUUCUAUUGAAGAAUCCAUACCAUUUGUUGAAUGGGGUAUGAAGGAAGCUUCUUCUAGGCAGAGGUCACCAGCUGGAACCUUGACAUUUCAUCAGAAUAGCAUGUGUGGCUCACCAGCUAGGUCAGUUGGUUGGCGUGAUCCUGGUUUCAUUCAUACAAGUUUCUUGAAGGAUCUGUGGCCGAACUUCCAGUACACUUACAAGAUGGGGCAUCUCCUAUUAAAUGGUUCAAUUGUGUGGAGCAAGACCUAUUCAUUUGCAUCAUCCCCUUAUCCUGGACAAGAUUCAUUACAGCGGGUUAUAAUAUUCGGUGAUAUGGGUAAGGCAGAGCGUGAUGGUUCAAAUGAGUACAGUGACUAUCAGCCAGGCUCGCUUAACACCACAGACCAACUGAUUAAGGAUUUGAACUAUAUUGACAUUGUUUUCCACAUAGGAGAUCUAACAUAUGCAAAUGGGUACCUCUCACAGUGGGACCAAUUCACAGCACAAGUAGAGCCUAUUGCAUCAACUGUUCCUUACAUGGUUGCUAGCGGUAAUCAUGAACGUGAUUGGCCAAAUACAGGAUCCUUCUAUGGCACAACAGAUUCUGGUGGGGAAUGUGGUGUGCCUGCAGAGACCAUGUUUUAUGUUCCUGCUGAAAACAGAGCUAAGUUUUGGUACUCAACCGAUUUUGGUAUGUUUCACUUCUGUAUAGCAGACAGUGAACAUGACUGGAGAGAGGGUUCAGAACAGUAUGCUUUCAUUGAGCAUUGCCUUGCAUCAGUGGAUAGAAAAAAACAACCAUGGUUGAUAUUUGCAUCUCAUCGAGUCCUUGGGUAUUCAUCCGACUACUGGUAUGGUCAGGAAGGCUCAUUUGAAGAGCCCAUGGGAAGAGAAAGUCUGCAGAAACUCUGGCAGAAGUACAAAGUAGACAUUGCGUUUUAUGGUCACGUUCAUAACUAUGAAAGAUCCUGUCCCAUCUACCAAAAUACAUGCAUGAGCAGAGAAAAGCAUCAUUAUUCAGGCACCAUGAACGGAACAAUCCAUGUGGUGGUUGGCGGAGGAGGAAGUCACCUAUCGAAAUAUAGCAAUGUGGUUCCGAAUUGGAGUAUUUAUAGAGAUUAUGAUUUCGGAUUUGUGAAACUAACAGCAUUCAAUCAUUCAUCUCUGCUAUUUGAGUACAAGAAAAGCCGUGAUGGUCAAGUCUACGAUUCCUUCACUAUCUCAAGGGAUUACAGGGAUGUCUUGGCUUGUGUUCGAGAUAGUUGCCAACCAAGAACUUCAGCUUCAUGAUCAUGGGCCCUAUUAUUCCUUUCUGUUCAUAAUUUCUUAUUAUAUGAAACUGGCCUCAGAUGAAAUGGAAUAUAUAUAUAUAUAUAUACACACAAACUUGUGUGCUUGGGUUUGGUAAUACACUGUAUCUGACUUUUUUUUUGGGUCC